UUUCAGGUGUGUCCCUGUUCCGGGCUUCAGGUGGUAGUCUGGAGGAAGAGGCUCUGAUCAUACAACACACGCUGUUUCUCCCAAUGUCCACUGCAGUCUGAACACACCUGCUUGGAAAUGGCUGGCAGAAUUACCGGUCCCAAAGUGUUACGGUUCCUUCGGAGCCUGACCCGUAAGAAGCCUCUGGAGCCAGAAGGCGAGGAGUCCAACUUCUGCCGAUGCCUGACCACAUGGGACCUGGUGGGUCUGGGUGUUGGGAGCACGCUGGGGGCCGGUGUGUACGUGCUGUCCGGAGAGGUGGCCAGGAAUGUGUCCGGCCCCAGCAUCAUCAUCUCCUUCCUGGUGGCAGCCGUGGCUUCGGUUUUUGCGGGGUUGUGCUACGCUGAGUUCGGAGCCCGGGUCCCCAAGACUGGCUCGGCUUACCUCUAUUGCUACGUGACCGUUGGAGAGGUGUGGGCAUUUGUGACUGGCUGGAACCUGCUGCUGUCAUACGUGAUUGGAACAUCUAGUGUAGCCAAAGCCUGGACUGGGACCUUUGAUGACCUGAUACACAACGUUAUUGCUGAAACUCUGGAAGAACAUACACCAAUGGACUCACCGGGCUUGGCUACAUACCCAGACUUCUUUGCUGCUGCGCUGAUUAUGCUGCUUGCUGGUAUUCUUGCUUAUGGCGUGAAGGAGUCGGCCGUUGUGAACAUUGUUUUUACUGCAGUUAACAUAACUGUGCUGAUUUUUAUCAUCAUCUCUGGCUUUGUAACUGGAGAGAUCAACAACUGGCGCAUUAGUGAGGAGACUAUCCUGAACGCAACCCGACUCAAGGAGUAAGAUUUGUCCUUUUACACAU